CCUGCGGUUCGGGGACAAACAGGGAGUUAGCCAGCCCUGCCCUGCUGGCCCUCGCACCGAGGCAAACCCUGCUCCUCCUCCUCACUGCCAGGGGCUGCAGCACUUGCCACCACGGGGCAAGAGAUCCAGGGAAGCCUCCUGCUUCCCAUCCGAGAGGUGACGGAGCUGGGAUGUGGUGGGAGAAGGAGCACGAGGCCUGACCCUGCUCAGACCUUGCCCGCACCAGUAAAUGGAACUGGGGGUCGAGAGCCACUCCAUGACCCAAGACAAGAGUUGGAGCCAACCCCUAAAACCAGCACCGAGCGGCCACACGCACACAGGGAGAGCAAAGGCAGCCUGGGAUGGGGGGGAGGUAGAGCUGCCCCUUCCUGCCACCCCCUUGGCUGGCACCACAAGGACGUGCAGAGCCCCCAGCGCUGCAGCCCCCUUGUCUCAGGGGAGCGGUGGAGAAGAAAGUCACGGGAAGAGGCUCCGAGGGGGGAGCCAGGAAGGGCAGGAAGCUCUGCGAGGGAAAAACAAGCGAUCAGGCCCUUAUCUGGGGCCUGCGCCGGAGCCCAGGCGGGCGCUAACACGAUUACUGAGAUAAGGAGGGCCCUGCUUGGCGCAGGGCAGCAGCUCCGGGCCAGACCCCUUCACUGGUGACGAGGGCCUUCGGACACCAGGGGCCGAGGGUGGCAGCGUCCGGGACAGCCGGAGGGGCAGGAACCGCCUGUAACGGGCACGACGCGCUGCAGGGGGGAGGCAAAGACCCGCAACGGGGAACGUGCACCCCGGUCCGCACCGCCCGGGGCUGCUCCGGGACUUGCCCCCACGGAGCACCGGCAGGGCUGAGGGCACCGCGGAGGCAACGGCUCCCUCGGUCCCUGCUGAGGCCACACUAUGGGGUCCCGGGGACCCCCGCGGUGGCCCCCCACACACAGGACGUUACGAACCGGAGCGCAGGAGAGCCCCCGAGCACGUAUCGCAAGCGCCGCGCAGGGAGCGGGCACCGGAGCGAACCGAGACCUGGACACAACCGAGCGGCCGGCACCGGGGAAGCCCCGCGGGGGCCCGGCCCCACGGCCCGGAGGGGGCGCCCUGCACGGCCCGGCCGCUCCCGCGGGGGCUGCGCAGGCCGCGCCAACCCCGCCGCGGCUCCCCCCGCCCGGGCCGGCCCGCAGCGCUCACCGGGGCACCAUGGGUCUCCCGCCGGUCUCCUCCGGUCCCGGCGGCGCCCGCACCGCUCCAACCCCCCGGCCCCGCACCGCCCCGCACCGCGCCAGCGACUUACUUCCGGCCCGCACCCUCCAGCGCGGCCUCACCGCGCCCCCGCCACGUGACCGGGAGCUCCCAAUAGCAUGCCGGGUUAGCCCCCGCGAGGAAGAGGCGCCCCGCGAGCGCCGGCCAAUGGAAUCCCGCUCCGCCCCGCCCGCUCCGCGGCUCUGACCAAUGAGAGCGCGGGGCGGCGGCGUUUGAAAGCGCCGCGGGGGGGGGGGGGCGGGGGGCGCCAACGGCCGCUGAGGUGAGGGCGCGGCGGGGGCGGCCGGGGAGGGGCGGCCGCCGGUCAUGGCGCACAAACAGAUCUACUACUCCGACAAGUACGACGAUGAGGAGUUCGAGUACCGGCACGUGAUGCUGCCCAAGGACAUCGCGAAGCUGGUGCCCAAGACCCACCUGCUCUCGGAGUCGGAGUGGCGGAACCUGGGGGUGCAGCAGAGCCAGGGCUGGGUGCACUACAUGAUCCAUGAGCCAGAGCCCCACAUCCUGCUCUUCCGCCGGCCGCUGCCCAAGAAGCCGGAGAAGUGAGAGGCCGCCGGCCCGAGCCGAGACAGCACCUUCCUCCUCCGCAUCACCCCCGGGGGGGCCUCGCCCCGUGUCUCCCGGUGCUACCUGGACGCUGCAGCGGCGGCGGCGGCUCAGCCCCGGGCUUGGUGCCUGUUCCUACCGUCAAUAAAGAGAUGUUUGUUUGGGA